CAAACCCUUUCUCAUAAUCACAACAACCCCAAAUUGUAACAGAAACAACAACAUCUCGUUCAUCAUGACUUCGUUAUUCAAUCGCAUCCGUAACAACCAUGUCUUCCAGAAGAUACUGCGCGUUCUCCAAUUCCUAUCCUCAGUCAUCUCCCUGGGAAUGUUCUCCUCUCGCCUCGCCAAAGUCUACCGCCUCGUUCACAACUUGCGCAACUCUUCCGGCGCGGUCGAAGGCAUCCUCGCAGCUGCAACUCUCUACACCAUCACCACUCUGAUCAUCAACUUCUGUCUCAAGGGCGGCGCUCCCAAGUUCUUGCGCUGGCUCCUGAUUGUCCUUGACAUUCUCUUCGUUGGUGGCUUCAUCGCUGUCGCUGUCUUGACUAGACCCCAUGGAGGUCUUAGCAGUCUGUGUGCUACACCUAAUGCUCGCAACGAUCCCAACAACCGCGACAAUGCGCUUUGCAAUCUGCCUCUUGCUACCUUUGGUCUUGCCAUCUUCAGCACACUGCUGCACGCCAUCACCGCCAUCUUUCACGAGGUCCGUGAUCACCACAGAAAGGACAAGGACUUUGUUUUCGCCGAGGAGGAGAUGAAGAGAAACCAUGACGGUCUCCAUGACUAAACACAUCGGAGACGUCAAAGCAAGUAGCCAGCGACUUUCCAGAGCUAGGAACCGGAGCAAGAUGCUCAGUCUUUCUACACAAUCACGCUGAAUGAGGACAAAGGAUACUUGACUGGCUGCUUGAUGAGUCAUGAAUUGUAAAAAGUAGUUUAUAGCGUACACCCUGAUAAUCUUUGCUGUUUAAAGAGCUUCCAGCCCUUAUCUCUUCACUCCCUCCAAAGCUCUCUUUGCUCAUUUUGUGUACAGAGUGAUUCCUCAAUCUUACAGAUACGGAUGAAGAGCAUCUUGUAUCCAAGAUGAAAGAACAUGAUGAAGUUUACAAUACAUGUGUCUCAAGCGUGUACGACAUGGUUUGAUCCUGGCUGCCUCUGAGUAUUUUCCUGUCCUUUCAUGUACCAAUUAGACAACAAGACUUGUCGCAAGAGAUCCUUCUGCAUUCACAUCUCUCGACUGUGUUUUGCAGUUCCUUCCUCCAAUGUAAGUGGACCUUUGUAGUCG